AUGUCCAGUGAUGAUUUCCAAGUGCAAGACGUCUACAGAUAUUCUAGGAAGUCAUAUAAAAACCAUCACACAAAUAAUAUACAUUACUCAGAAAAUCGAAGAGAAAAUGACUUAGAAUCGCCCAGAAGUGAUAUUUUAAGAGUUCCUGACGCGCGCUGCAGCAGUUGCGACGAUUCUGAAGGAGAAAUAGCCAAUAUUUUGCAUAAAAAAUGUCCUGUUAUUGCAUUAGCUCAGCAGCAGCUACAAAAAAUACUAGAUGAAACUGACAAGCUGUUGUGUGACAAUACACAAUGUUGCAGAUCUAUCUAUGAUUUUGUGGAUAUAUGCAGAGAUGCACUCAGAAACCAGAACCGAUGCGUAUGCUUUUUAGUUUUUCUUAUAAUUGCUUCAUUUUUCAUGGGUCUAAUUUUUGGUGCUGCUUCGUGCGGUACAUAUCAACGAAAAUUUAACAGUCCUAUACUUUCAUGUAUUGAUAAUUACUUUAUAACUGAAAGGUAUAAUCAAGAUGAUUUAACUAGGCUUAUUGUUUGA